AUGCCUCGCGAAAUCGCCGAUAUCAAGCAGUUCAUCGAGAUCUGCCGGAGGAAGGAUGCUUCCUCGGCGGUGAUCAAGCGCAACAAGAAGUCCGGCCAGGCCAAGUUCAAGGUCCGAUGCCAGCGAUUCCUCUACACCCUCAGCAUCAAGGACUCCGAGAAGGCCGAGAAGCUAAAGUCCAGCCUUCCCCCUAACCUGCAAGUCACCGAGAUCGGCAAGAAGGACGGCAAGUCGAAGGCGUAA